UGUUUUAUCGAUUAAAUUGGCGAGAAUUUAAUGAUGGCGACGAAUAAAUCGUCCCAACCAACUGUAGAGCCCCGGUGACAGGUAGCGUCUUUGUUCUUUGCUUGCUCGGAGUGUUUUAUAAGAUUUCUUCCUCUUAAUUUUCCGCUGAACUCCGCACAAACAUUUUUAAUUAUCCAAUAGUGCUUGUCUUAAAAAAUGCAUCGUAGUCGCCGAGAUGACCGUCCCAGCAGAGAUUAUAAAGGAAAACGAACUGCGACCAGUAGUUCUUCAUGUAGCUCAUCGCCACCAUCUGACUCUAGCGAUCAAGAUCUUCCUCAAAGUUUUGGAAAGGUCUUUGAAACAACCAAGGAUGAUGAUGAUGAAAAUACCAAUGUGCUUCAAAGAAUGUCAAAGAAGUUCGUCGGUACUCCAUUGGGUGCUCUAACUAAGUGUCUGGAGAAUAGAAAGAUUAAGGUGUGGACAAGAAAUUUCGAAAAAGUAAGAGGCAUCUGCACUGGAUAUGUUGUUGCAUUCGACAAACAUUGGAACCUCGUAAUGGAAGACGUGGAUGAAGCUUAUUUCAAAAAAACGAAAUCGAAAACUCCGUUCCUGUGCAAUAUGCGUGAUGGAGAACGCUUUUCCGAAAUACCGAAAAAUAUUCCCAAGAAAAAAACUCAAGGAAAUGCUCCUUCUGAUGACACCGGUGCAAAGAUUGAUACAGUUAUUACCGCUGGCAAGAAGAAAAAGAUACUCAACAAGAGGAAAAAAGGCAAAGAAAUCUUGGCGAAGCGACAUAUCGAGAAAAUAUUCAUUAAGGGUGAUAGUAUCGUUAUGGUCGCUGUAAUGGAUUGAUAAUAGAUAUCCUGUUAAUUGAUACAUUUGUACACGAUUUUGUAUCACUAUAAUUUUUUUCUCUAAAGUUAUGUAUUAAACUUUUUCUCUAAAUGUGUGUAAAUCUGUUCAAAUAAAUCAUUUCUUUUCAUCA